GUGCUUCGUCUCCUUGGGAUGUAUAAGAAACCUGAAGGAAAUCUUAUUGAACACGGACUGGUCAUGGAGUACAUGCCCUAUGGCUCUUUACGGUCUCUCUUUGACAUAAUCCCUGAUGUCCCCUGGGCUCUAAGGUUUCAGAUUCUCCACCAGGUGGCCCUGGGAAUGAACUAUCUCCACAGUCUUGACCCACCAAUCAUCCAUCGAGAUCUAAAACCCAGUAAUGUACUGCUAAGCAAGCACUUAGAUGUACAGAUCACGGAUUUUGGAUUGUCUAAGAUUAUUGGGGCUACAAGUUCUAUAACUCCAUCAAAUGCCGGAACCUUGUCAUACAUGGCACCGGAAGCUCUGAAAGACAUCAACUAUCAUCCUACUAAAUCCUAUGAUGUUUACAGCUAUGGAAUCCUAACAUGGACUGUGUUCUCCAGUGAAGAACCAUAUCCAGGUAUCAAUGCAGCUUUAAUCCAGCACUUUGUGAGUGAAGGCCAAAGACCUAGAGACAGUGUCCUAGACCAGUACAGAGAUGUAAAAAUGGUUCCUGAAGCGAAAGACUUAAUGAUUAAAUGUUGGAACCAAAAGGCAGAGGACAGACCCAGCUUUAAUGACUGUAGUGAAACUACAGCAUUGAUGUUUGAGGCUUAUGGAGAUGAAAUUGUUGAUGCUGUUCGAAGUGUUCAAGAUCUUCUCAAUAGGAUCUCUUCCCAAGAUCAGUUAUCGGAAACAUCAGGAACAUUAUAUGAUUCCACCCUCUCUAUGGAGGAUUUCAUCAAAGCUUUAAGGAAUGAUCUGCAAACUGAUGAAAAGACAGAAAACUCAUUUUCAGCAGAUAAACAAAUACAAGUUAAAAAACAUAAGAAUGACAAAAUGGAUCGUCCUUCAAAAGUGAUCCACAAGGCUGAUGAUAUCUCACCAGCAGCUUUAAGGAAUGAUCUGCAGACUGAUGAAAAGACAGAAAACUCAUUUUCCGCAGAUAAACAAAUAAAAGUAAAAAAACAUAAGAAUGACAAAAUGGAUCGUCCUUCAAAAGUGAUUCACAAGGCUGAUGAUACCUCACCAGCAGAAUUUGUUAUGGAUAAUAUUGCAACAGCCAUCAAGAAUUCCGGUGACUUUAAAAAGAUAGUAAACAAGCUUGAUAAUGACAGCAUCCUAUCCAAAGAUGAACAGAAGGAACUGUACAGCACCAAGAGUUUAAAGGACUUAGGGAACAAAGCUGGGAAAGUUAUUCUUACAAAAUCCGAAAAGAAUCCGGAAGCUAUUAUAUCUUUUAUCAAGAAACUCUUUUGAAAAUUAUGUAAAUACAAUUCAAUAAUGGUCAAGCACUGUGUCCUUUAAAGGGGUACUCGAGUGGGAAUUUGUUUUAAAAAUCAUCUGUGCCAGCAAGUUAUACAGAUUUGUAAAUACAGAUUUGAAAAAAUCUUAAUCCUUCCAGUACUUACCAGCUGCUGUAUGCUCCAGAGGAAGUUGUGUAGUUCUUUCCAGUCUGACCACAGUGCUUUCUGCUGCCACCUCUGUCCGUGUCAGGAACUGUCCAGAGCAGGAGAGGUUUUUAAAGUACCCCUUUAAAGGAACAUUAUAUCAAUACAAUACAGUAUUUAUGAAAAUCAAUAGACUUUACAUCAUAGUGAACUGGUGAAUAUUGAUGUGGUUUAUUCAGCUUUCUCCUAUGGGGAGUUCAAGUUAGGAUGGUUUUAGCAUUCUCAGAACCCUUCUUUCCAUACUGACAAGGAUUAUAUGUGAAAUUGAACAGUCCUACAAGUAAGGAGGGGUAAUUUUAAGAGCAUAAUAGAAGAGGUCCCGUAAAAUAUAAAGUUUAGUAAUAAGACAAGUUAAAAUCCUCCAGAGGAAAAAAAGUGUAUUACCAAAAUGUGACAAAAUAUAGCAAUUAAAUAGGCUGUUAAAGCAAGGAAUUGAGUCCGUGAACAGUAAGAUUCAAGACAUGAUAGACAAAAAGACUUAUUGAUCAGAUCUAUUUGGCCUAGUUGUGUAAACAAUAGCACCACCUUUAAAACUCAAAUAUCUGAGACUAUAAUGACUCACUAGCGAGAAAAAUGCAUGCAUUUCCUACGCGUUUCUCUCCACAUAUUAUUUACAGUAGUAUAUGGAGACGUCCUCAGGGGAACCAUCAUCGGCCAAAAAAAAGGCCAUAAAUAAAAUAUGGACUUUGUUUUGUCAAUUACAGAAGAAAAUGUGCCCGUAAAAUAUAACAUAUUGAAUAUAACAAACGCUUAGUAGUUUUCUCCAUACACAAACCAGUUUUAAGUCUAAAUUUGAUACCUUGUUAAAGACCUGGACCAUGUAUGACUAACAUAAUAUUCCUGUGUUUGUAUUUUAGUAUACUGUGCAUAUGUUUUGGGUUGUUGUUUAUUGCCUUAUUGUUUACACUUUUUUU